AUGAUGAAACUACUCACAUUGCUCUCGCUCUUCGUCAGCUACGUCUCGGCCACGGCCCUGACCUACAGCGUGGCCGCGAACGAGCGCGCGUGCUUCUACGCCGACGUGAAGCAGACCGGUGUCAAAGUCGCGUUUUAUUUCGCUGUGCAAAGCGGAGGAUCGUUCGAUAUCGACUACGCUGUCACGUCGCCUACUUUGAAACUAAUCCUCGAAGGAGAGAAGGAGCGUCAGGGAGAUUUCGUGUUUACCGCCAACGAGGUCGGCGAGUACCGAUUCUGCUUUUUGAACGAGAUGUCGACUUUUGCUGAAAAGCUUGUUGACUUUGAGAUCGCUGUCGAGAACGAGGACCGCGCAGAACUACCGAUCAAGCCCGCUACCGCGACAGAAGACGUGUCGCCUCUGGAAAACAGCAUCCACUCCGUCUCGGGAAAGCUGACUACGAUCUCGCGGACGCAGAAAUACUUCCGCACGCGCGAGAACCGAAACUUCGCGACAGUCAAGUCGACCGAGAACAGGAUCUUUUGGUUCCAGAUCGUGGAGUCGGUUGCGAUUGUCGCUAUGGCUUUGGGGCAGGUUGCUAUUGUGCAGUAUUUCUUCACUGGCUCUCGCAAGGGAUUCGUUUAA